UGUGUGUGUAUGUGUGUGUGUGUGUGUGUGUGUGUGUGUGUGUGUGUGUGUGUGUUCUGGUAUUCAUCACGUUGUGGGGACAUGAAUCUGUUUACACAGUCACGUCAUGGGGACCUCUUGCGUUGUGGGGACCAAAAGUCAGGUCCCCAUAAGGGAAAGCCAUAUAAAUGAUUAGAGGAGCUGUUUUGAAGGUGAUGGGCGGAGUUUCAGCGAUGGCCCAUAACACACGUUUAUCCGUGAAUGUGUGAGUGUGAAGGGAGUGCUCAGCUGCGCCCCCAAACAUUUCUCAGCGGUACUGCGCGCGCUUCUUCACACACACGUUAUCUAUAUAUGGUAGGCCCCGCCCACUUCCUCGUCCUCAUUAGGAACGAUAUCAGCAGCAAUAUGAAAAUAUGCGUAUUAAGUGGACACUUCACACGGACAGACGAUAAGAAGACUUUACAGGAGAUACCGACUCGAGGAGAUUGUUUGAGAUUCGAGGAGAUUCUGAAGUUGUGCAGAGCAAAAAGUUAAAUAAAAGAUUGAAAUGCCACCACGAAUCAGCCCUCUUAAGGAUGCCAUGCAUCAUGUUGUCACGAAGUCUGACAAAACUAAAUUAGAGGUGAACUACAUCAAUGCGGUGAAAGGACGUGGAUUAUUUGCAAAAGGUUCCUUUUGCAAAGGAGAUUUUAUUGUGGAGUACAGGGGUGAGUUGAUCAAUUAUGCAGAGCUGGAGAGGAGAAGAAAACUCUACCACCCAUCCUGUGCUGUUUUUAUGUUCGAGUUUAAGUGGAGAGGGAAAACAUGGUGCAUUGAUGCAUCUAGGGAAGAUGGAUCAUUUGGGCGGUUAGUUAACGAUGACCACCAACAUCCAAAUUGUAAGAUGAAGAAAAUCGAUGUGAAUGGAAAGGCACACCUGUGUUUAUUUGCGCUGAAAGACAUUAAAGAAGGAGAAGAAAUCACAUAUGAUUAUGGGGGAGACGACUGCCCAUGGAGAACCCAAGUAAGUUGCAGAAAUAACUAAUUUUUGGUUUUUGAAGAAAUUAGAAUUUGAAUCUAUUAGAAAUAUGAA